AUGGCUUCAAAAUCUCCUGGAUCGCCCAAGCCAUCCCGCACCUCUACUUCAUCCACCACGUCUUCGAGUCCAAAUUCGCAACCUACACAGCAGCGUCGGCCACCUGUAAUUGUUUCCUCAGAGACGGAAUCGGAGCCAGAGGCGGUAGGAAAAGCGCAGGCUACUAGUGACCCCGGGCCGAGCUCUCCCGCGCUGGAGCAGGAAAGCGCGAACUCUGUGUCACAACCCUCUUCUCCAAAAACAGUUUUGUCAGCCACCUUCGAGGACUCAGAUGAAUGGAUGAGAAUACAGCAAGGCGAACUACACUCAGCCAAGAUUAGUGAUUAUCACCGACCAGAAUUAGAUUGGAGUUCGGCCUCAGAGCCGGAUGACCCCGGCUCUGGCUUUGAAUCUGGCGAUAGUGGGCGAAUCCGUGGAAGAUCUAGAUUUACACCCUUGGAAAAAAUCGUGCCUGCCGCGGCGCCUACGUCGCCCCCCCUUAGUGACGAGGACAGUGAUUCCAAUCUCGGUUCACAAUCUGAUGGCUAUGUAGACGGCAACGGUAGCGGAGGAGAUGAUGGCGGGGGUGAGGAAGAGCACGAUGAACCUAUGGAAGAGGCAAGUCCUCGAGCUUACUCUUUGGAGUUGACAAAUGAUAAUGGUGACCAUGGGAUCACAGACCUUUCUCAAACGGACGAGUCUGCUCCCCAAAUCACCGGAGACGAUGUUCACCAGAAAACCAAUACUAGGUCCUCACCUUACACCCCAACCAGCGAGGCAUUAGGCUCAAGCUCAGACACUGGGGAUUCUACCGAGAACACUGAGAGCGAUUCUGAUCGAAAACUAGUGCCUAAAGUACCUAAGCGCACUCCUGGAAGAAGGCGUGGGCAGCAGAUCGACAGAUUCAACCCGGAAUACAUCAAGGAGCUGAAUGAUACCAUAUCUUCGGCAAAAUCGCAGGAGCUCUGCCCCGAUGGCCUGGGGAUCCUACGAGGGUCAUGGGUCGUUGGCUCCUGGUGGUCACACACAGAGAAGCACAAAUUCUUCAAUUUGGUGGCUAGAAUUGGAAGACACGACGCUGCCGCUCUCGCAAACAACAUGAAGACCAAGAGCAUUGUGGAAUGCCGUGCAUACUUAAAACUCCUAAAGCAGGCAGUGGUAGAGGCGAAUGAGAAUCUGUUAUACAAAAGCGGGAGACUGCCUAGAAUGACGGACAUUCCAGCAGCUGUAGAAAUCUCGGACGAGUGUGCAGAGGCCCUGGAGGAGGAGGCACAGCUCUUGGAAAAUCGAACAGUGGCCGAUGAGCAGAGAAGGGAAAAGGAUAGGUGGGGAAAAUUCUGGUUGUUGGAUGGCGACAUCUCUGAGUACAUCGAGGAUCUAUACAAGGGUUACGAGAAUGGCAGCGAUGAGGAGGGCCUUGAAAAGGUUAGGGAGUUUGUGCCGGAGGCCGAAUUACUUAGCAUCUUGAGUAUGCUGAAUUUAUCCGAAUAGUAUGUACAUUUCAAUCCUUCAUUCAUUAACCUUUCGCCUACCUCGCCCCUGAGACUAAUGGACUGACCUGAUCGAAUCAAAGUGUGUUUAUGAAUGGCCCCAAAGAAAGCUGGCAAACCCUAGGUGGCAAACCCCCCUCAAUACGAUACACCGCCUUCAUCGAUAUCCACACUCUGGCCAUUAGCUUCACAAGGAGACUUGUGUCAGCAUCCAUUUUCAUGGCGCAGUCACGACUUAGAUCUACCAGCAACAGGAUACUCAGGUCGAGCAAGGAAUCUGACGUGAGGCCAUCUGACGUAGAAGCGGCUAUCAAUACUCUAGGACUCACUCCUAACACAAAGGAGUACUGGGCCAAGGCUCCCCGGAGACUGGGUCUAGAUGUUCUUGAGAGCAGAUUCUACAUUCUCAGCGGUAGAAAACACGUUCUUACUCCAUUAGAUGAGGUGGAGCGUUUCAUGCGCUCUGAAGAAACCUUUAGAACACGCCCAGCGACCAAGGAGUUAGGAGCAUCCGGCCAGGAGGAACCAGCUCAAGAAGAAGGGGGGGGGGGAGAAGGAACAACUCACACUGAUUCCAAAACCGAAGACGAAAAUGGAGACCCUAGCGACUCCACUCAAACACCAGGCCUUUCCAAUCCCAACCAAGCCUCACCACCAUCCUCGGACAACGACGAGUCAGACGGCGAAACUUCACGAGACGAAGAGAGCAAAGAAGAGGACGACGACUUUAUAGUCCUGAAUCCAGACGUGCACCACGAGCCGAACAAAAUCCGCAAACGCCUCGACCGUGAGUACCAAGCGCACGCAGACCAAGAGGAAGCCUACCUCGAAUCGCGCGACCAAUUGGACUCCCAAGAGGAGGAGAAACGCCUCUGGCAACUCCUCGAGAAGCAGCCAGAGCGGUCAAUUUUGGAGGAGUUGCCAAAGGUGCCCGCGAUGCCGAAGGGGCGUCGCAAACGGCCGGCCGACAUUCACGAUUGGGCCGAUGACGUCGAGUACUACGCGCCCUGGGAGACCAACAAGAAGUUCAGGAUUGAGAAGGUGGGAGUGACCAUUAGUGAGGCGACGCCCAGGGCGAAGGUUUUGAAGUUGGGCGGUGCUGCUUCCGCGAGGCCGGACGGGAAGGGGGGAGAGGGGGGAGGUAGCGGUGGGGAUAACAGGCCCAGACCCAGGACGAUCAGUGGGACCGAGAGAGUACGCUUGCGCAAGUAUGCGAGGGCCCAGCAUAGUCCGAGUUACUCUUCCGGGUGUUCUUCAGCCCUCGAGAGCAUGCCUCCCGAGAGUAGCACCGAGGAGACCGACAAUGAGCCAGAGGGUGGGGCCUCUCAGGAGGAGGAGGUUUAG